AUGUAUUCCCUGCUCUCAAACUUAACAUCCUACCUCCCGCAACAUGAAGGAAUCCUCCCUAAAUGGAUGCUCUUCAUCUCCCUUGUCGCUCUAGGAAACUCAGUUCAAUCCUAUCUCACCAUCUCUUACACCGCACGUCUGUAUGCUGGUCCAAAACUCCCGAAGCCAAUUCUCUCCAGCACCGACAAAUCCACCUCUAAGCCUCCUUCAAACUCCCCAGCGACACCUCUUCAGUCCCGAACUUUCGGAACUUGGACUCUGAUCCAGUCUCUUGUGCGCAUUUACGCCGCCUACAAUAUUUCCAAUCCGCAGUUCUACGAGUUGGCUUUUCUGACAUACGUUGUCGCGUUUUGGCACUUCAUGAGCGAAUGGUGGAUCUUUGGCACUGCGAGGAUAGGAGAGGGAUUGAUCUUCCCCGUUACGAUUGCGUCGAGUACCUUGGUGUGGAUGUGGCUCCAGUGGGGAUUCUAUGUGCAGUAA